AUGGGUAGAGGACUUGAAACUGCGGCGUCUCCGGACUUCACGGUUGUAAUAAACUUGAGAGUUUCAACUGAACUCCGGAAAGAUAGCACAAUUGGAACACUAAGGUAUCCAGAGGAAGAACGGCUACGCUCUUCAAAAAUCAAAGGUUCCAAAACGCUAUUGCUAGCUCACCUUGAAGCAUGCUCCAAACGCUGGAAUAAUCCAGUCAGCGCGAUCAAGAACAUAUUGGCGACUGCGGCGCCAAUAGUUGACGUGUGUUUCUGUAUCUCCCAUGGUUUCGUCAAGAUUCCCUUCGAAGGUAUCAAAGAUGCUCACACUGCUAGCAUCGUCCUUAUCGGUGAACAAAUUGCCUGUAAUGGCGAUGCGGCCAGUCGGUGGAACGUCCUGCUCCAUCCCGUCAGUGAUCCAUCCUCGCACCAUCAGACUAACUUGUUGCCCACGUUGUCCGGGUGUCCCAAUAACGUACAACUGUGA